AUGUCCUCCGACGACAUCAAUCUCGAUCCCGAUCAAAGAAUCGAUAACGGCCUCACUCCCCCCCUCGUCUUCCAAGACGACACCUUACGCUUCAACUGCGACGCUGCACCACCGCGGCAGGUCGGAGAUCCGGUUCUUAAACCCCGGGAAGCUGGUGGUUUCAUCGAGGACAAGAUGUUCACCGUAAAUCGCGAUCGCUUUUUCACCUCCCAGGGCGCCGAGUUCCGCCGUAACGUUUUUGCUGAUCGCGCCGACCACAGGGACACUUCAGAUGUACUGAAUUGGAGCGCCGGAACUCCCAGCAGCGACGAUUCGGACGGAGAAGACGAUGAAGACGACGAUGAAGGCGACGAAGGUGACACUGUAGUAGACACACUCGUCAGUGUUGGCGAUGGGAGCAACCGGAGUUCAAAUGCAAUUAUUGACGUUAACAAUAACAACGGUGGUGGUGUUGUAAUCGGAAAACCCCAGUAUAAUUCCCCUUAUGUUUCUGGUAGAGAGGUGUUGGGAAAGGACGGUGAGAUUGUACAGAUGGUGCAUAACCAUUCCAGUGGUACUGUUGGUGAAGAUCAUUGUGAAAGAUUAGGGAAAACUCAGAACUCUGCAACUGUUGCUGAAACUGAUUGUGAGGAGUAUUAUUCCCAUUAUCUUCAAGGUGCUGAAGGGUCUGCUUCUGUACAGAAAGUUAUGUUGGAUGACAAUGGUUGUGGGUUUAGUGGAAGAAAGGAUGCUGUUUAUUCAAGCGAGUCUGGGGAGUCAUUGAGGGCAAUUCUUUCUGAUCCUGUUACUGGAACUCUUAUGGAUGAUGCAAUGAUAUUACCUUGUGGACAUUCUUUUGGUGGAGGUGGAGUACAACAUGUUAUUAGAAUGAAAGCUUGUUGUACUUGCUCUCAACCCACACUGGAGGAAUCAAUAUCUCCAAAUCUUUCACUCCAAGCUGCUGUGCAGGCGUACCGUCGGGAAGAGGAAUCACAAUUUUACCGGUCAUCCAAAAGAAGAAGAGAAAGAUUUGAUCAGGGUGGUUUAGGAGAGAGUGCUGUUUUUGAACCACCUAGGAGCAGAGGAGUUCAAUUUCCAUUUGCUGUGAGGGACAGAGUUAUCAUAAAGGGGAACAAAAGGACACCACUGCGCUUUGUUGGAAGGGAAGCUAUUGUAACAACACAAUGCCUGAAUGGAUGGUAUGUGGUGAAGACAUUGGACAAUGCAGAGAGUGUAAAAUUGCAGUAUCGCUCCCUUGCUAAGGUCUCUGAGGAUCCUUCAAAACUUGUCUCCAGCAACAAGGGACCUAAUUGGCUUCAGAUCAGCCGCACUCCAUCAUAA